AUGCACACUGAGGAUGAAGAAGAUUCUGACUCUAUAGAACAAAUGGAAGAAGAAACAGUUCCGGUGAAAAAGAAAAUGAAGAAAACAAAAAGAGACAUCAGUGAUGAUAGUGAUACUUCUGAUGAUGAUGAUGAUGAUGAUGAUGAUGAUGAUGAUGAUGAUGACUCUAUGGAUGAGGAAGAUGAAGAAGAAAGCGAUGAUGAUGAUGAUGAAGAUGAAGAAACCGUGACAACUAACAAUAAAAGAAAACGAUCAGCACCGGAACCAAAAACAACCAAAAAGAAGAAAACGGGAGAACAAGCCUAUUUAUUAGUUGGAGGCUUAAAAGAAAACACAACCGGUGGAGCAGUGAAAGCGUUUUUUAAACGACGAAAUAUUGCUGUAUCAGAGGUUAUCAAAGUUCCUGCUCAAAAAAUAAUGUAUUUGGUGUUGGAGAAAAAAGAAGAAGUAGGAAAAGCUUUAAAAGCCAAUAAUAAACGUCUCCAUGGUAACAAAAUAAAACUUGAAAGAAUCAGCAGAUUACCUAGUCAAAAUGAGUUGAUGGUAGCUGGUGAACCUAAUAAUCAGUUACUAGUAAGAAAUCUAUCAUUUGAUACACGAGAAGAUAAAAUAAAGGAGGUAUUUAACGGCAGUACGUCAGUUAAGAUAUUAUUUUAUCAAGAUUCUCAACGUCCUAGAGGAUUAGCUGUAGUAAGUUAUAACAGUAUAGAGGAGGCUGAAGUAGGAAUGAAAGAACAUAAUGGUGUAGAUAUUGAUGGUAGAAAAGUUUAUGUUUGUUAUGCUUUAAAGAGAAAAAAGAAUUAUGAAAGGAAGAAGAGAAAGAAGCAGGAAAAACAAGCCAAAUAUUUAGCAAAUAAAAACCAGGAGGACACGGAUAUAAAGAAAAAGAAAUCUGAAGAUAAGAAAAAGAGGAAGAAAGAAAAUAAAUCCAAGAUGGAGGAAGGAUAA